UAUGCAGCUAUGUAAUGACUUGAAGACCAAGCUCAAGGCAAACCAGUCUCAACUUGAAAUUCUGGAGGAACUUCGUCAGGUUACACUGGAGAGCAUGACAAAGCAGGCACAGGCACUCCCUUUGGAUUCCCUGGUGCAGUACACGCGCAGCCUUGUUAACUUACUGCAGAACAAGCAUAGCCUGAGCUUUGAAGGAAACUCUGAGGAAAUUUUGCAAGAAUUAUGGAAGCGAAUUGAGAGUGCAAAGGUACCGAAGACUAAGAGGCCAGGCAUAGGUGUGGCAGUGUUUGUGCUCAGCGAGAAACACCCCGAGAGCAUCCUUCUUGGUCGCCGCAAGAACACCAUGGGCCAUGGACUCUACCAAGUCCCAGGUGGACACUUGGAGUUUGGGGAAAGCUGGGAGCAGGCAGCGUACCGCGAGGUUCUGGAGGAGACCGGCCUGCACGUGCACAACGUGUCUCUAUGCUCCAUCGUGGACACCAUCGAGCCCGAGCAGGACUACCACUACAUGACUGUCUUCAUGCGCGGCUACGUGGACGAAACGCGCGGGUCCGAGCCACGCAACAUGGAGCCCAACAAGUGCGAAGGCUGGUUGUGGUGGAAGUGGUCGGCGAUUCCGACUCCCGACCUUUUAUUCUGGUGCCUCAGAGACUUCAAGACGAAGAACCUGAAUCCAUUUUAGCCUAGUAAAUAAAACUUAUAA